UUGUUAGGCAAACGUAAAUUUUGCAUAUUGGAAAUAAAAAUGCAAGCAAUGAAUCUGAGAUUAUUGUGCUCAAUUCAAUUCCAAACCAUCCUUCUCUUGUUGGUUGUACUUCUACAUAUUAAAACUCUUUCUGUUUCUGGUAUUAGUAUUGCCACCUCAACUUAUGUCGGUGGGAAUGAGACUGAUCAUCAAGCUUUGUUGGCCUUUAAGAGACAGAUAACACGUGACCCUGAAAACGUUUUCAGCUCGUGGAAUGAUUCCCUCCAUUUUUGCAAGUGGGAAGGUGUUACGUGCGGCCGCAAGCAUAGAAGAGUCAUUGUAUUAGAUCUUGGGACCAAAGGUUUGGUGGGUUCCUUGUCUCCAUACAUAGGCAACCUCAGCUUCAUUAGGGAAAUAAUGCUGGCAAACAACACCAUUGGAGGCAAAAUCCCUGAUGAAGUUGGCCGUCUAUUCAGGUUGCAAGUAUUGUGGUUGUCUAAUAACUCCUUCCAAGGGGAAAUUCCUGCAAACCUUUCCCAUUGCUCCAACAUUAAGAUUCUUAGAGUCGGUGGAAAUAACCUUUCGGGGUCAAUCCCAAAGGAGCUUGCUUCUUUAUCAAAGCUGGAGUUUCUAGCUCUUCGCACUAACAAUCUCAGGGGAGGAAUCCCACCUUUCAUUGGGAACUUUAGCUCUCUCCAAGUUUUAUCUGCAUCCUAUAAUGUCUUUGGAGGACACAUUCCAGAUGCCUUGGGUCAAUUACGAAGCUUAAAUUUACUUGACCUGUCUUACAAUAAACUCUCUGGACAUAUUCCAGAUACCUUGGGUCAAUUACGAAGCUUAAAUUUACUUGGACUGUCUGGCAAUAAACUCUCUGGUUUGAUCCCUCCAUCUUUAUAUAAUCUUUCGUCUAUUACUGAUUUUUAUCUCUAUAAAAAUAAGCUUAGUGGAAGUCUUCCUACAAACUUAUUCCUCACCCUUCCGCAUCUCCAGUGGUUUCUAAUCUUUGAAAACCAAUUUACCGGAUCUCUUCCAAUCUCAUUAUCUAAUGCUUCAGAGCUACAGAAUUUCAUAGUUUACAUGAACAAUUUUACGGGAAAAAUUUCAGUCAAUUUUGGAGGCUUGCACCGUUUGGAGGAAUUAUUAAUUGAAGAUAAUAAUUUAGGAAGUGGAGAUGAGGAUGAAAUGAAUUUCUUUCAAUCUCUAGUCAAUUGUAGCAGUUUACGAAAAAUAAAUCUUUCAGGGAAUCAACUCAAAGGUACGUUGCCUAAUGUUUUGGGUAAUCUUUCAACCCAGCUUACCUAUUUUGUAAUUGAUGAAAAUCUUCUUUUUGGAGAGAUCCCUAUAGGGAUGGGUAAUUUGGUCAACUUGACAACCUUAAGGAUGAGUGGUAACAAGUUUUCAGGGACAAUCCCAGAUGAUAUUACUGGUCUUCAAAAGUUACAGCGAUUAUAUUUACAUAGCAAUAGACUCUCAGGAAGGUUACCAAUCACCCUUGGAAACCUAACAUCAUUAAAUGAACUUCAUUUAGGAAGUAACAAAUUGCAAGGAACUAUCCCACCAAGUAUAAAAAAUUGCCAAAAUUUGCUGGAGUUAUAUCUUUCUCAAAACAAUCUCAGUGGCAUCAUUCCAAGGCAACUCUUUGCAAUUUCUUCGCUGACAAUUGGACUUGAUUUAUCUCAAAACUUUUUUGUAGGAUCACUACCUUUUGAGGUAGGCAAUCUUGUCCAUUUAGGAUUGUUGGACUUAUCUGAAAACAAGUUGUCUGGUAAAAUUCCAAGCAGCCUAGCCUCUUGCACAAGCCUUGAGUACCUUUAUGUGGAGGGUAAUUUAUUUCAAGGAGAAAUUCCAAAAUCCCUGAGUUCUUUGAGAGGUAUUCAAGUCAUGGAUCUUUCUCGGAACAACUUCUCUAGUCAAAUUCCAAAUUUCUUGGAGAAACUCUCCCUCAAGAAUUUGAAUUUAUCCUUCAAUGAUUUUCAGGGAGAGGUUCCAACAAAAGGGGUUUUUGCAAAUGCUAGCACAAUAUCACUCAUUGGAAAUAGUAGAUUAUGUGGGGGCAUAUCAGAACUAAAGUUGCCGAGGUGCUUAACAAAAGAAGAGAAGAAAAUAAAGUGGCCUUUUGCACUCAAAGUGGUAAUCUCAAUGGCAUGUGUGAUUUUGGUAAUAACCAUAGUGUCAUUUUUCUUAUUUUAUUGGCGCAAAAAUAAAAGAAAUGAUAACUCUUCGGAAUCUUCCUUGAACCAAUCAUUUUUGAGAGUGUCUUACCAAAUGCUUCUUAAAGCAACUAAUGGAUUUUCGUUAGCAAAUUUGAUUGGUGUUGGUAGUUUUGGCUCAGUGUAUAAAGGCAUCCUUGGUGAGGAUAGAUCAAUUGUUGCAAUUAAGGUACUAAAUAUUCAACGUCAAGGAGCUUCUAGGAGCUUCAUCUCUGAGUGUGAAGCCUUGAAAAAUAUUCGUCACCGAAAUCUUGUGAAGAUCAUAACUUGUUGCUCAAGUGUGGAUUUUCGUGGCAAUGAUUUUAGGGCUCUAGUUUAUGAGUUCAUGCCAAAUGGAAGUCUAGAAAAUUGGUUGCAUAUGGAUCUAGAAACAAAUAUCAUGCAGGUAGAGAUACGAAAUCUGACCAUACUUCAAAGAACAAACAUUGCCAUUGAUGUUGCUUGUGCACUCGAUUAUCUACACCACCAUUGCCCAAUGCCAGUUGUUCAUUGUGAUAUAAAGCCAAGCAACAUUCUUUUUGAUUGUGAUAUGAUUGCUCAUGUUGGAGAUUUUGGGCUUGCGAAGUUUCUUUUAAGACCUACCAAUUCGAAAGAAAGUAGUUCGAUUGGAAUAAGAGGAACAAUUGGGUACACGCCUCCAGAGUAUGGUCUAGGAAGUGAGGUGUCAAUCAAAGGAGAUGUGUACAGCUAUGGAAUUUUAUUGUUAGAGAUGAUAACGGGAAAGAGACCCAUAAAUAGUGUGUUUGAGGGAGGCCUUAACCUUCACAACUAUGCUAGCAUGGCCUUACCUGAUGGUGUAAUGGAAGUUGUGGAUCCCAAACUUCUAAAUAAUGUUGAUGAAGUUCUUGGAAAUCACAAUGGUAGCCUUGCAAAUAAAAUAAAGGAGUGUUUGAUAUCCAUGGUCAAGGUCGGAGUGGCAUGCUCUAUGGAGUUGCCACAAGAACGAUGGGACAUCAGUAAGGCCAUCUCUGAGUUGCAUUUGGUUAGGGACAUUAUUCUUGGUGCUAGGAUUUAACACAACAUACUUGGCUAUAUGGAAGGUCCAAAAAGUCUUUAGCUCCUUAAAAGUGUUACAUUGGAUGGAAAGACUUUUCUGGCAUUCUAGAUAAGCUUGCUUAUGGUUAUUCAUUGAAUAAGAAGUAUUCUGCAUGUUUCAUAUACCUUGUCUUCUAUAUGUUUUUUUAAUACGUGUGAGUAGCUCAAAUAAUUUCCUACAAUCUUGUAUUAGUGUAUUAAAUCUAUUGUUAUAUAUUAUGCUUGGACAAUUAAAUACCAACUUUAUUUGUAGAUGUAAAAUAAUUUUCUACAAAUAAUAAGAAUUAUUUUUCACUUGCUUCCCUUCGUCAAUAUAUUUUUCUUUAAAGCAUGAGCUCAUAAAAUAGAGGGAUGGUCGAUUUGGCUAUAUCAGUGUAAAUUACAUUUGUCCAAAGGAUUUUGGACUCUUUCUUCAAAGAGAAAGAGGCAUCAUUUCUUAACUCAUCAUGCCCACACACAAAGACCACUCCACUCCUAUGGGAUUUCCUCAGCUUGAUGAUUCAUUAUUUGUGGGAAUUGAGAUUGUUUUAUCCUCAGGUUUGUCUCUGAUUUCCACUUUCACUGUCACGGUUUUUGAUGCCAAUCAGUGCCCUAGUGGUCUAAUUAAUCACGGCUUUGUAUUGUAUUUUGCUCAUCUGGGUUUUGUAGAAAUUGUCUUAUUGUUGGAUAUUUCAUAUUACAGGGACAUCGACAUGGCUAAACAUGUACAUUUAUCUUACCCCAUAAAUAAAAGUUUACUUUUGUUUCAAAAGCAUACACUUUCUAGAACAAUAAUGUGCUCAAGAAUACAGACUGAAUUAAAUGCUGUUUACGUAAUACUGGUAAUAUAAAUUAAUUUUUGUCUUUCACCGUACACCUGAACCCCAAAUAGUCAUAAGAUUUUAUCUCUCUCACUCUCUCAUAUUUUUCUAUAAGCCAACUAGAAUGAAGGACAUAUGAUUUACCGGUAUGAAGCUAGCCUGACACAUUAGGGAGCCCAUAAAAAUACUUGACCUAUGAACAUUGAGAAUAGUAUGUAUUUGUAUUCUUUGUAUUUAUUUUUAUAUGCUUUCCUGUUAAUCAUCAAAAGCAUUUCUGAUUUUUGGUUAUUCUGAACAAGAUAAGAGUUUCCUCCUCCAUGCAUUAUUUCAAGGGAAGUCCUUACAGAAUGGCACCAGAGCCAGUUUUGGAACUCCAUCCAAAAUUCAAGUAGAAAAAAAAAUCACUUUGAUUGAUAGAGAUUAUGCAACAAUGCUAGUGGCUCCCAGUUCAACAGCUUUUAAAAGCCUGUGGGGUAAGUGUAAACUGGAAGCAAGUGGAACUGCAGUGGAACAAUGGGUGAAGCAAGCGAUGUCACAAGAUGCUAAUGAGUACUGGACCCUAUUAGCACACAGUUCCUUUAGUCAGUUUUAGGGAUAUGGGUUUCUCAGCAUGAUUAGUCUGGAACUCGUUGGCUGUGAUACAAAUAUAAUUGAAUUCAUGAAGCCCGAUAACUUCCCUGUAUUGGAAUUUCUAUUUCUAGGUGACUCCAAUAUUGCUACUCUCCCAAAAAGCAUUAGUAGCUCCCCUAGAUUAGAACUUCUUGACAUUGACAACUGCAAGCAGCUUUGAGUAAUUCCAAGGCUUCCACAAUCAAUGGGAAUGGUGGACGCAAGGAACUGCAUAGGGUUGGAUCCAAAAACAUCAAGAAAAUUAUUGAAUCAGUUGCUAAAUGCAAGCAAUAUUGAGAACUAGGAGGAUAUUGGAAUUGUUCAAUUAAAAUACCAGGAAUUGAGAUUCAAAAGUAUUUAACUUCAACCAUUGAAGUGUUGGAAAUUCUGUAUCAUUCUGGGUUGGUCGCAAUAUUUCAAAAUUUGCCCUUUGAAUUUCUUUUGAUUGGUGGAGGCACUAGACCGAAGUUUCUCCUUUUACAUUUCCAUCAAUGGAGGAUGAGUAUUUAUUUCGAUUCAGACAGAAUCACGUUGAGGUUGAGGGAUAAAGUGUAAACUGGAAGCAAGUGUAACAGCAGUGGAACAAUAGGUGAAGCAAGCGAAGUCACAAGAUGCUAAUGGGUACUGGACCCUAUUAGCACACAGUUCCUUUAGUCAGUUUUUAGGGAUAUGGGUUUCUCAGUGUGAUUAGUCUGGAACUCGUUGGCUGUGAUAAUUAUAUAAUUGAAUUCAUGAAGCCCGAUAACUUCCCUGUAUUGGAAUUUCUAUUUCUAUUUAACUCCAAUAUUGUUACUCUCCUAGAAAGCAUUAGUAGCUCCCCUAGAUUAGAACUUCUUGACAUUGACAACUGCAAGCAGCUUUGAGAAAUUCCAAGGCUUCCACAAUCAAUGGGAAUGGUGGAUGCAAGGAACUGCAUAGGGUUGGAUCCAAAACAUCAAGCACAGUAUUGAAUCAGAUGACAUGGUGAUACCAUGUUCAACAUGUGAUCAAGACGCUCUGGUCCAGGUUUGAGGUGGCCCACAAGUCCCACAUCACCUCUUCUCCCACAUUAUGGCUUGAGCCUGAAGUCUCCAAUUGGAAAGCUAGAAGAUGGAAAGAGUCAAUGUUGUUGUCAGCCUCUUCCUCCAGGUUCUCCUACUAGCCCUUCUGCCUUGCCCAAAACAAGAACAAAGGAAGGGUGACUUUGGGACUUGUAUACCUUGGAUUUAAGAUGGGCCUAAUUUUAUUAUGGUAACUGCAUACAUGUGCCAGAUGGUAUGGUGCGUUUAGUAUG